AUAUUUUUCGACUCAUCCGAUCAAAUAAACUUCGAAUCGUAGAGAAAGACGAAGAAACUGUCGAGAUUUUUCUCUCUUUUAAAUGAAUUCAGCUCACGAUGUCUUCACUGUUGUUUCGCAUCUUGAAUUGGAAUCGUACCGUACAAUCCUGGCCACAAGAAGGAGAAUUGAAAAGAUAUCUUCUAUCCUGCAAAGACGACAAAACAAUGAUCAUUCGUGUCCGUUCAAACGUUGGAGUAUGGCGAGUGGAAGGCUUGGAUCCAGAAAAAUCCACUGGCGAGGAUGUCUUGGCCGAAAUUGCAAAGACACGACCUCACGUUGUGUACGAAAAGCCACUUUCAAGUGAUCCGGCCUGUAAACAGGCAAUAGAUACAGGUGCAACCCUGAAGUCUCAAAAUUUGAAGCAUGGUGCAAUGAUUCAUUGUCGUGUAGAUUCUUCCAGCUGCGCUACAGGCGAUGCCUCUGUCCCCGUCGUAGGAGAAAACGAAUCCGCUUCUGGUGUUGCGCAAGACAGCAGAAAUAUGAAGCGCAUCAUCGACAAAGAUGGACAAAUCAAACUAGUCCCUUCGAAUGAGGUUCGAAGUUCUAGCGACGAUAAGGGAUUCAGACGUGGAAUGAUGCCACUGCGUGACAUUAAGAUGGCUUGGACCUUGAACGAGUUCGUUGCGAUGGACUCUCAGUUUGUGUUCAAGAUGAAACGUCAGGAGCAAGCUAUUUGUUCACAGGUGUCUCUGGAUUCUCCCAGUAUCCAAAACUUUCAAUCAUAUCUACAGCGAUUCCAAUUCGCUCGAAAAAGAUUUGCCUUUUUAUAUGGGAAAUACGAGGAAUCAGACGAUUCAGGAACAAAAAAGACUAUUGUUGAAGCUAUUUAUGAACCUCCCCAAGAACCUGAUCUAGAUGCCGCCGAAGGGUUCGAGCAGCUCGAAGAUCCAUUAGAAGACAAGGUAAGAACCAUUUUUGGACACAGAGACUCCAAAUCCGCUAAUAUACCAAUUGCAAAAACUGAUGGUGCUUCAAAUUCAUCAGUCGAUACCCGUUGAUUUUUUACCUUUACUAAUACUUUUGAUACAAUUUCUGUUGAUUAGGUCGAAGAAAUCGCGAAGCUAUUGGGCUUAAAAAAGGUAGGAUGGAUAUUUGGACAUCCACCUCGAGAAGAUGGUAUCGUCUUGACCACUGCGGAAGUAAUUAUGGCAGCCGAGCUUCAACUCGAGGCUGCAGAGGGAGUCGAAGAAACGCCUUUCGUCACCAUCAAGGUUGGAAAAGGCAAAGAUGGGAACGUUGGAGUCGAAGCAUUUCAAGUGUCGCAACAAUGYAUGGCGAUGGUAGCAGAAGAGGCACUCGAAAUUGGUACCAAUCACGGAGUUUGCGAGGUCAAUGAAACAUUUACAGCCAUUCAGGAGGGGAAAGAAUCGAAAACGAUCGACAACAAUUUCUUUUUGACAGUGGUACCAAUUGUUCAGCAUACUUCUGACGUUUUUGUUUCUCAAUUUCCAAGAAUAAACCGUGACUUGGACGAUCGAGCUCCUUCAAAAGACGAAAUGAAACGACAAUUAUCGAAGAGUGGUACCUCUGGAUGGACUUUCGUUGAUCUACUGAGUGACUUCAAUCUUCUUGUUUACAUGACCCAAUAUUUGGAUAUUACCGCAGACUUUCCAAAAAUCUGCCAAUCAGUAACUGAUCGAGACGUGCCUUUGGACGACGGAUACAAGAUCAUUAUUGCUUCAAUGGCAGGAUUGGAUGGAGCAUAUUAGCUAACGAUCAUAAGCUACAUUUGAAUAGUCAAAGCUGUGUAAGACCUUCAACCGUCGUAGCAAGUGGAAAUUGCGUCAUCAUUAUUGCCAUUAUUGAUUUAAUAGCAAGAUUGGAUAGAGCAUACUACGUAUUAGCUAACGAUUAUAACUUACAUUUG